AUGAAGAGAAAGACAGAAGAAGAGCAGAUCCAGGAACUGCUGGAAUCAGCGGGGGCAGAGGGCGCAGGCGACAUUCUAGACAAGGUUCUGUCGCUUGCUGCAGUCCGGUGCAGACAGGAAGCCGGGCCAGAGUGUGAAGACGGGGAGGACGCCGAGGAGGAAUUGGCCAACGAGAUCAGGGAGCUCCUGGAGCCCAUACCCGCCGGUGUCACCGGUGGCGACGGAACGGCUCCCCAGUCGCCAGUCGAGGAGAGGGUCGACUGCCCGCCCGCCCCGCCGCCGUCGCCAGCAGGGUCCGCCCAAGAGACUAGGCCCAAGCUCAAGAAGGGCGAGAUCAUCCUGGUGGAGAGCCCCCUGCUCCGAACGGCCCAUUUCCGGCUCAUGCUGGAUUAUGCCAACCUUUCCGACGAAGCGAAGAAGGCAUAUCUAAGCCUGCACGGCGCCGAGAAUGGAGACCUCUUCAGCAGAGUGGAGCGGAUCAAGAAGUUUAACGCAUUUGCGGUCCCAGGCGGCAUCGCAAUCUUCGAGAUUGCAUCUCGCUUCAACCAUGCUUGCCCGUCAGUCCGGAAUGUCCAGUAUGUUUAUGACGAUGAGGAGGGGGUGAUUGAACUCAUCAUUUGUAAAGACAUGGUUCCGGCGGGUGCUGAGCUUCGCAUCAGCUACGGGGGUUCGCCGAUCGAGCUGUACCGAACCUACGGCUUUCGAUGUUCCUGUGGCGGCUGCACGCCGCUGACCGACGAAGAUAUCAGGAGGCUCGAGGACCAAGAGUACAGCAUCCCGCAUUGGUGA